CGGCCUCCGCCAGAAGUCUCUGCGCUACAGUCUUUCUUUUGGGAUCCACUCUCGCACGUAGAGGAGGCAGUGACCUUUGAGGAUGUGGCUGUGAACUUCACCAUGGAGGAGUGGGCUUUGCUGAAUCCAUCCCAAAAGAAGCUCUACCGAGAUGUGAUGGGGGAAACCUUUAGGAACAUGGAGGCAGUGACCUUUGAGGAUGUGGCUGUGAACUUCACCAUGGAGGAGUGGGCUUUGCUGAAUCCAUCCCAAAAGAAGCUGUACAGAGAUGUGAUGGGGGAAAUAUUUAGGAACCUGGCUGCUAUAGGAAGAGCUGGGGAUAACCAGGAAGUUGGAAAAGAAUACAAAAAUUACUGGAGAUUUCUAAGAAGUGAAGAGGUAGGGAAGUGCUAUCAAUAUAAAGGUUGGAAACAACAAGAAGAAGUAUGCCUUCAUACUCCGGAUGCUAAUGUGGACCUGAAACAAACAGACACACACAGUGAUGUUCAGAUCCAUGAAACAAAUUGCAGUGGGGAGAAACCCUAUGCAUGUAAGCAGUGUGGGAAAGCUUUUACCACACGUGGAUAUUGUCAAAUACAUGAAAGCCUUCACACUGGAGAGAAACCCUAUGUAUGUAAGCAAUGUGAGAAAGCUUUCAGCACACGUACAUAUUGUCAAAUGCAUGAAAGACUUCACACUGGGGAGAAACCCUAUGUAUGUAAGCAAUGUGGGAAAGCUUUCAGCACAAAACGUCAUUGUCAAACACAUGAAAGAGUUCAUACUGGAGAGAAACCCUACGUAUGUAAAGUAUGUGGGAAAGCUUUCAGCAGAAACACUCAUUGUCGAAGACAUGAAAGAACUCACACUGGGGAGAAACCCUAUGUAUGUAAACAGUGUGGGAAGGCUUUUACCACACAUGCAUAUUGUAAAAUACAUGAAAGACUUCACACUGGGAAGAAACCCUAUGUAUGUAAGCAAUGUGAGAAAGCUUUCAACAGGUAUAGUGAUUGUAAAAUACAUGAAAGAAUUCACACAGGGGAGAAACCCUAUGUAUGUAAGCAAUGUGAGAAAGCUUUUACCACACGCAGAUCUUGUCAAAUACAUGAAAGAAUUCACACUGGGGAGAAACCCUAUGUAUGUAAACAAUGUGGGAAAGCAUUUAGCACAAACAGUCAUUGGCGAACACAUGAAAGAACUCACACUAGAGAGAAACACUAUGCAUGUAAGAAAUGUGGGAAAGCUUUCAGCAGACACAGUGAAUAUAAGACACAUGAAAGAACUCACACUGGAGAUUAAUCCAAUGUAUGUAAGCAAUGUGCAAAUACUUUCAGCACACAUGAUGGUUGUCACAUAUAUGAAAGAACUUACUGGGCAGAAAUCCUAUGUAUAUGAGCAAUUGGGAAAGACACUAGUCCACAUACACUGUUAAAUAUAUGAAAGACACAUGACUGGGGAGAAA